AUGAGACGAGCUGCUAGUAAUCCAAGUUCGAAAGAAGAAAAUGAAAAAUGUGUUGAGAUUAAACGAUUAAAAGUCGAGGAGGAAAAAUCGAAACCGCCUAGCGCCAAGCAAGUUAUUCUGAAAUUUCUUGAAGGCGACGUUCUCGCUACCGUUACAUAUAAGAGAAUUUGCACGGCUAUCGAGAAUUUUAAAGAUUGGAAUUCUGAAGUUCCAAAAAUUCAGCUGCUCGAGCAAUUUAUGGAUCUUUCCGAUGUAUUAGAUUAUCGCACUGAAUUACUUGUGAACAACUUAUUGAAACUCCGCUGGGAUUACAUUCCGAAACCCGUGCUUCAUCGUUAUAGAAAGUUUUUGUGCGAUUUGGGAAUCAGACAGCUUUCAUAUACCGAACUCGUUAUAAAAACUGCUGUCACGAACUUCUCUCCGCAAAUGGAAUUGGGUGACAGUACUUGUAUGGAUAUUAUAGCUUAUAUCAACAAUGUGCACGGAAUCGAGGACAUAAAUUGUGAAUGGCUGAAAUCUGCAAGCAUUCCUCGCCUUCGAAAUGUAAAUGAAGAAGAACUAUUCGAAACUUUCGUUGAUAGUUUGGAAAAAGUUAUGCUCUUAGCACCACACGUUCAUAAUGUUUCUUUCGUAUGGUUAUACCUUUGUUCUAUUAAAACGAGCUAUAUAUCUCGAAUUCUUGAUAGUCUUUGGCAAUGGACUUGUCGGAUGCCUAGGGCUCCUGCUGAUAUCAAAUCAAGCCAAGGCGCAAUUUCAUAUCUUGCAGCAUUUCUUGCUAGAGCCAAUUAUGUUUCGAAGACUACUGUGUUUACAUGGCUCGAAGAAAUGUUCAACUGGCUUCAGAGAUAUAUCAAUCAAUUUGGCUCCGGGAGUUCGCAAGUUCAGCCAGGUCUUCAACGACACGGAACGUUCUAUGCGAUUUCUCAAGCAUUUUUCCUUGUUUUUUCGUUUCGCUAUCGUGAGUUCGUUAAAUCGUCUGGAAUGAUCGAAACGAUACGUCAUUGGGGUAUCGGACGAGUUGUGCAUUCACCACUCGAGCCACUCAAGUACGUUUCCAAACCGGUUGCUCAUUGUUUUUCGGCUAUUUCUAGAUCUCUUCAACUAGUCUAUUGCAAUCACGUUAUUUCUGCAGAAGAAAUGCAAAGACCAUUUGAGGACAUGUUUCCGUUUGAUAGUUUUCAACUUAAAAGAAGUUCCUGUUAUAUCAUUGACUUGAUGCGAAAGUUUUCUCCUUUAGCAGAAGAUGUUUCAAUGUUGACAGCCGCACUUAGCUGGAAUGCAGCUACAGCUCAGAAAGAUGUUGCAUUUGAGAAGUCAGCGGAAUCCGGUUAUGAAUUUCUAGACGACGACGAAUUUGGGGGCGGAGCGAACCCUCGCGAAAGAAGCGGCACAUGCGGGCAAACAUCUCUAAUCAACUACUCAGCAACACCAGGGCUCAAAUCUUUUGGAGGCGCUACACCAGCGCCUUAA